ACUCACCCUUUCGCUUUCCGUCCUGUUUGACCCCUGGCGGCUUCCCUCCGUGACGGAAGCAAAAUGGCGCUGCCCGUGUGGAGACGUGCUGCCGCUGCCGGGCGGUUCCGGUUGGGGAGCGGGUUCCGUGGGUUCCGGGAGAGCGGGAAGGAGCGGGGAGACCAGGGUGCUGAGCCCCGCGUGUUCUCCGGCAUUCAGCCUACGGGCAUCCCCCACCUGGGCAAUUACCUCGGGGCCCUGCAGAGCUGGGUGCACCUACAGGAGCGGUACCACACGGUUCUGUACAGUAUAGUGGAUCUGCACUCCAUCACGGUGCCCCAGGACCCCGGCACCCUGCGCCAGAGCGUACUGGACAUGGCGGCCUGCCUGCUGGCCUGCGGGAUUAGCCCUGCCCAGAGCUGCAUCUUCCAGCAGUCCCAGGUGGCAGAACAUGCAGAACUUGCCUGGAUCCUCAGCUGCCUGACCUCCAUGCCCCGCCUGAGGCACUUACCCCAGUGGAAGGUGAAGAGCCAGAGGCAGAAUAACGAGGGGAGCGUCGGACUAUUCACGUACCCCGUACUCCAAGCCGCUGACAUCCUGCUGUACAGGGCCACUCACGUCCCGGUGGGAGACGAUCAGGUGCAGCACUUGGAACUCACGCAGGACACCGCCCGCCUCUUUAACCGACUCUACGGCGACUUCUUCCCAAUCCCCAAGGCUAUCAUGGGAACUUCCAAGAAAAUCCGCUCCCUCCGAGACCCGUCUUCCAAGAUGUCGAAGUCGGACCCCCACAAACUUGCCACCGUGCGCCUCACAGACAGCCCCGAGGAAAUCGUCAUGAAGUUCCGGAAGGCGGUUACCGAUUUUACCUCUGAAGUGACCUAUGACCCCGAGGGGCGGCCGGGGGUGUCCAACCUCGUCGCCAUCCAUUCGGCCGUGACGGGACUCAGCGCAGAGGAAAUCGUGGGCCGGAGCCGCGGGAUGGAGACCGCACAGUACAAACUCGCCGUGGCAGAAGCCGUCAUCCAGAAACUCCGCCCCAUCCGCGAGGAAAUGCACCGACUCCAGAAGGACAGGGGUUACCUGCAGGGGGUGCUGCGCCAGGGGGCACAGAGGGCCAAGGAAAUGGCGGCGCCCGUCUAUGACUCUGUCUGCCGGCUGGUUGGGUUUAGGUGACCCCUCAUUGUGUGGCUUUAGCUGGCGCUCCUGGGGGUUAGCUGGCACUCCUGAGGGGUAUGGCUGGGGGUUAGCUGGCGCUCCUGAGGGGUGUGCCUGGGGGUUAGCUGGCGCUCCUGAGGGGUAUGGCUGGGGGUUAGCUGGCACUCCUGAGGGGUAUGGCUGGGGGUUAGCUGGCGCUCCUGAGGGGUGUGCCUGGGGGUUAGCUGGCGCUCCUGAGGGUAUGGGCUGGGGGUUAGCUGGCACUCCUGAGGGGUAUGGCUGGGGGUUAGCUGGCGCUCCUGAGGGGUGUGCCUGGGGU